CUUGUUUAAAGCACAAUGGCAGGCAUUCUUUCCGGCAGAAUAACUCAAACAGACGAAAUUGUUUUUUUAGGUAUGGUAGAAUACACGAGCCAACACACACAGACAUUUACAGAGCCAAACGUUUUUAAAUUCACAAGCUCAAGAAAACAUUUUUGCCCCAAAGCACACUUAGCGAACGGUUUGUUACCUUCGUUGUUUUGGAAGCUGAACCCUCAGAUAAGUAGGCUAUAUUUAGAUGCUUGUCUCGGGCAGACAAAUAAACACAGAAACACACGCGUACUUUGCAGCGUACACACGUGUGCGAAAUGCAUCUGGUGUCGGUGUUGGUCGAGGAUGGGAAGACUUUCGGCAUUGUUUUCGCGGAAAAAGUUAACCUCUGCCAAAACGCGCCUACUCGUGGAUCAGCUUAAAACGUCCUGUGGAGUAUUUUUGGACCCAACGAUUCGCUCGCCCAACAUCCAAGAAGCGAGAGCGUUGAAGAUUCUACGGCAAAUCGUCACCCGGUCUCAGCGCCACAUCGUCCAGUACAUACCAGAACGGGAUGCCAUUCUCGAGUGCUCGCUGAUUUUGGUGCAGAACUAUGUGGCUCAUCUGCGGUUACGACCGAGCCCGUUGAAACGGUUCCGCCAGGAGCCAUUUGCUGACGCGAAGGUGCUCUUCCAGGCGGCCAUCGAUCUGCUCGUGCCGGAGAUGCUGGACGAGGUGAUCGACACGACGCUGAAGUUUCUGCAGACGGAAAACCUCUGGCAGGUGGAGUUUAUCUGCGUAGAGAUAUUGAUGUUCGUGCUCGAGUGUCGUUCGCCAUCGGCCCCGCUGCUGUCCAAGCUGAUCGAUCGGAUCGAACGCUUCCUGGCGCUCUCGGACAUCGGCCAGGUACGGCACAUGCUGUCCGUGCUGCAGAUCGUGAUCGUGUCGCAGCGCUGGGAUCUGAUGGAAUACUCCGAGCUGUCCAAGCUGGUGCGCUUCUACCACAGCAGCGUCAUGAUCGGUACCAGCCGCAACCAAAUCUACGAGCUACGGCGUGGUUUCGAGAAGUGUUUGAAGAACCUCAUACCCCGCCUCUCCAUUGGCGAUCUGUACUCAUUCUUCGUCAUGAUGCUGCCGCUCGUGUUCGACACCGACAUGUCGGACGAGGCUCGGAUCGAGUUCGGUUCCACGGUGGAGCAUGCCGCCUCCACGAUGACUGUGUACGACCCGCGCAAUCGAAUGCAUACGGCCCAGGUGAGCACGUUCAUCGUGGAGUACCUGCUACGAUGCAUCGCUUCCGAAGACCCGACACGCUCCAUUCUGGCCUGCAAGGUGCUGACGAAGCUGCUCGAACGGGGACAGCACAACCCGAACCAGUUUCAGUCGCCCACCAUCUUCCACAUGGACACGUACUACGAAAUUGUGCUGGCGACCGAUUUCGCCCCGUUGCAGGAGCUGCUCGUCGAGCAACGCGUCCAUCUGGAGCAAGCCCUGCUGCAGGCGAUAGAGCGCCACAGCCAACGGAAGAUGAACGUGGAGGUGUUCUACCAGCUGCUCUGCACGCUGCUCGUCGAGGCACCGAGUGGAUUCACUGCGUCCGCUAUCAGCUGUUUGCUGCUGAAGGUUCAGAAAAUGUUUCUCAACUAUCCUACCGAUCCCGAUUCGUCGAUGCUCGCUGAUCAGCAGCAGCAACAGCACAACAAUCGAAUUCACGCCACGAUAAUGGCGGUGAUGACACUGAUCAAUUGGAUCCAUCGGUCGGGAUCGAUGAACGCGUACAUUACGCAGGUUCUACACAAUCGUUUCGACCACGCUCCGAGUCUUAAUCCGCCGCUGCGGGAGCGCUAUCGAUACGCGCCGCACCACGUGUCCUGGUACGAGCGUAGGCUCUUCUUUGACUCGCUCGAGAUUCGGUACUGUCUGUGGAAAUGUUUCCGCAUCUCGGAGGAGAAAAUACCGAAACCGGCUCGGAUGCGCACUCGGUCGUACAAUGAUCCACGACGACGGCUGGACGGUGGAACGCUGAAUGUGUUUGCUGGCAUGUGAAGAAUGUAAUGUUCGUGACAAAAUUAUACACAAAAAAUGUCAAAUUCACUGUUACAAAUUCCUAUACAAAUAUGUUUGCAUACCGUAGCUUAAUACACAUGUAUCUAUGAAACAGAGUAAAAUAGCGAAUGAUAAACCAAAAGCUCAUAAUGCCUCUAGUACACGAGGCAGGCCACAAUGUGCUACACACUGCACAGCCCCAUUGUUGGUAGUGCACAACAUGUGCCGUAAAGUAACCGCACAGGAAUCGGCAAAAAGCGGUAUCGAUCCAAUAAACAACAACUACCAACAGAACACCACCGUUAAGCCGGCUGUGUUAUGUUGGGGCAAGUGCAACCCUUACCACAUCGGACAAAUGAAGCGAAGCUUGUGAAGAGAUUAAAAAUCCCAUCAAUUCCAGCCAGCUCUGGGCACGAAAAUUGUAAAGCCCCGCGGAACUUCAACCGACUGGGACGCACGAAACAGCACAAAACAAUGCGCCCGAAACGACGACAUGGAAAAUGGGCCCACCCGAUGAUUCCAGUGAUCCAGAUCAAACCCGAAGCGUUUGUACAUCCCGAAUGGUGCAGUGCCAAUAAUUGAAUCGAACGAACUCGACCAAAUCCCAGCUGCACGUUACACGAUGCGCUGCUUUAAAGGUGUAGUUUCAGUUUUAAUAAUUUAAAGUAAUAUCUCGGUAGUGGCGGCCGCCGGUUCUGCCCGUUUCCUGCUCGCUGCAAGCAAUCGACACAUCGGUCGGGGUGUGUUAAUAAUUCACAGUAAUGCGAUCUGAUAUGAUGUUACGGCCGAACCGGUCUCCCGCUCGAACCGUUGAUCGAUGAUUGAUUGUCGAAGGAAGGAGAAGCAUUUUCACCCCACCAAAGGAAAACUAUCCGGCGAUACUGGCUGCACUGCGAUCUGAUUGCUCGCCGUUGGAACGUAACGAAUUACAAAAGUUUUCCCCGGCUGGGAAUGCAACCGUCUUCGAACCGUCACGCCGUUCCAUAUCAUCUCAUACAGCAAAACAGUAAUGCUUCAUCCGUGCAAAAGAAGCGACCCGGACAGGGAAAGAGCGGAGCGAACAGAGUGAGCAUAAGAUGCUACGAAGAAUAAAUGCGAAAGCUGGUGGCUAGUAACCGUCUGCAAGCGGGAAUCGUCUUCCCGGCACUCAAAACGUUGCCAACGGUAAAGACGCACAUGGGUUGGCAAUGGAAACCUCCGAAUGCGACCGGUCGGUGCGCACUGCAAUGAGCAUAAAUCAAUCAGUGUAUGAAUAUUUUAGUACAAAUUCAUCGGCCCGGGCGGUGUGCGGUUGUCGUGCCGUGCAAGGCCCAGGUGCUCGGCACUGUUGUACUGUUUGUUCUGCCUUUCGUUAGGAUGCCCCGGCACUCAUUGCCAAUGGCCUCGUUCCGCGUUGAAAGCGAACCAGUUUGCCGGCGUUCAAUGCUGGCGUUCGUUUCUAGCGGUCCUGUGUUAGUGAAACGAUAUUGUUAUUGAAGCGUUAUUAAGAACAAAUUGGCAGUUACUAACUCACUGUACUGCAUUGCUGAUGAGAUUGGCUGUAGUUGAAGGAAAGCAUCUUAAAGGUUUUGCAGCAUUGCUAUUGAAGGUGAAAUGCUUCGAUUUCUUCUUCUUGUGAAUUGUUAACCUAUGAUUAUGUGAUGGAAAAGUAAAACCAAACAAAAAACGUUAGACCAUUUUUUUGUGAAACGCCGCGGCAAGGCUUAAAAGAGCAGGACGUUACAACCAUUAAAAAUUGUAGUGCACAGUUUUGCUUUACAGCUCGUUAAAACUAUCCCCUUGGUACUGACGCAGCCUUCGGCGGUGAAAUAGCAUCCCGUCCAAUAGACUAAUGGGAGUCGUGGAAUCGACGUUUCGGUAUUGAUUUUCCAAUCAGCCAGCCGGUGCGGAGCACUCAUGCAAGCAUAGUUUGCACUCACCAUACGCAACUCGAUCACAUUUCCCAUGCCUUCGCUAACAACGUACCUACGUGGGAGGAGCGGCAACGAUUGAUAGCAAUCGACCAUCAACUGACUUUUCAAAGCGGUGAUCAAUUGAAAGUCAACUAUCAUGCGUGAAUGUGCGUGUGUGUUGCUAUUGAGCUACAUCCCUUUUCGAGUGUG